CCUCCUCCUAGAAGGCCACCUAAGAGACCACCAGUCCCUGUACUUCCGGUUGAACCAGUAGAAUUUGUUGAGUUAGUUACGCCGGUGGUUGCGUUGCCAAGGUCAACAGAUCCUGUAACUCCUAUUCCAAGGCCAGGUAGAGCACCUCCAGUUGUGUUGGUUGUAUUAGUCGUGCCUGCGGUUCCUGUUCCUAGAAGGCCACCAAGAAGGCCACCAGUAGAAAUGCCAGGCAGAGUGCCAUUAAGAAUUUCUCCAGGUAAAGUGCCGUUGAGAAUGCCUUCAGGCAAAGUCCCAUUUAAAAUGCCUCCAGGCAGAGUGCCGUUAAGAAUUUCUCCAGGUAAAGUGCCGUUGAGGAUGCUACCGGGGAGAGUGCUGUUAAAGAUACCUCCGGGCAAUGUUCCAUUUAGGAUCCCUCCAUGUAAAGUGCCGUUGAGAAUACCUCCAGGUAAAGUUCCAUUGAGGAUACCUCCGGGGAAUGUUCCAUUUAGGAUCCCUCCAGGCAGAGUGCCGUUAAGAAUGCCUCCAGGCAAAGUGCCGUUAAGAAUGCCUCCAGGUAAAGUGCCGUUAAGAAUGCCUCCAGGCAAAGUGCCGUUAAAGAUACCUCCGGGCAAAGUUCCAUUGAGGAUACCUCCAGGCAAGAUUUGGAUAUCAGAGAGGCCAUCACCACUGAGGUCAAUGCCUCCAUUAAGGCUGAUAAUGCGAUCGGGUUUUCCAUCUCCGUUAAUAUCCACGCCUCCACCUGGUAGAAUAGUAAUGCUGAGAAUGCCGUUACCGCUAAGAUUGAUGCGACCUCCAGAGCCAAUUGUAGUGUCCGGCAAUCCAUCUCCGUUGAGAUCGACACGAGAGCCGACGCCAAGUUGA